AGAAAAUAUUGAAAAUUUCAGUAGAAAAUGUGAAAAGUUGACAUUUAGUACUACAUUUAAAUUUAUCAACACCUUGAAAUUGCCAGAAAUAAAAAAAUGCAAGAUAUAUUGAUGGAAUAUUGGAAUGUUUUCGGGGGAUAUUGACAAGAAAGCGGAAUUAGACAUUAUCGUCUGCUAAAGACUGCCGUCUGGUUAUGAAUAAUUAUUGAAAGUAAAUAGGAAUAAUACAUUAUUAAGAAGCAGAGGGACUGUUAGUUACAAUGCUCGACUUAUUGGUAAUUGUAUGGUUAAUGCUGAGAUGGAUGCAUAUUUGGUGGCGAGCUAUUUCUCAGUGGUAUAACAAACCAAGAAAAAUCUAUAAAGGAUCUGUUAAGGACGAUAGAUAUUCUGCCAAAAACAGUCCUAACGUACAUGUAGGUAAACACACGAGAUCUGAUGCAGACAGAAAGGAGGACAUUGAUAGCAGAAACCAAAUAUCAGUAUUUGGUAAUACUGCAAGAGGCAAUGUAACUAAAAAAACGAGAAUUGCUUUAGAUUCGGAUAAAGUUUUAGGAGAUAAUCAUGAAAUUAAAAUUCCUGGACGUGAGGAUAGUAAUUUGGGAAGAAGCACAAGACCAAAGACUGAAGGAUUAACAUCAAAACAAGGGCAAAAUAAGCAAAAUAAUGGAUAUCUCAUAUCGGAUAUGUUACAGGAUUCAGGAACAGUGUCUAAGAGAAAAUCUAAAUCAAAGUCGCCGUCGCCUGAAGGCAGUUAUCAGACUAAAUCAAAAUCUCAGCUUAUUACCACCAGUUUGUCAAGUGCAUCUCCAAACAGAGAUUGUAGAGGGAUUACAUCUGAAUCUGCAUUUUUGAGUAACAGGUGCAGAACAUCUGCACAUCCAAGCAAAAACGGAAAAUCAGUUUCUCCACCACCAAGUGAUACAUUGGAGACAAGACUCAGACCUUCAAGAGACUCUGGAGAAUCUAACUUAAAAUCACCCUCUCAAAGUACUAAUUUGAAUUCUGGAUCAAAGUUAGUGCCACUAAAUAAAGAUUUAUUGGCUGAAUCAAAACAAACUGAACAAAAAUCAAAAUGUGUAUCUCGUGAUAACAUAGACGGAAAAUAUGGGAUAGAAAAACUUGCAGAAGUAAACCACACAAACCAGACCAAAGUAAGGAGUAAACUAACCUCUCCAGAUAAUGAUGUUGCAAAUAAUGAUACUGCUGAUGAUCAAAAUGAAGAUGUUGCAAGAAAUUGUCCUGAAAAAACAAGGGAAGAAGCAGAAUGGAGUGUGAGAACAUUAAAGGAUAGUAGUAAAACUGUCAGUAAAAUUGCUGGAGAUGAGAAGUUAUACGUAGAAAAAAUAACAUUAGUUACAAGUGCAAAAACAUUUUCUUCUAAAGCUAGUAUUAAAACUAAUGCAAGUGAUUACAGUGAAACUGAAAAUGCAUACAGACUUUUCAAGGAGAAGUCUCCUGAAUGCACUGCUGUUCAGAAACAGAGAGAAAGUGUUACAACUGUAGCUGAAAGAAAUGCUAGAACUAGAUCUGUUAUCAGACCAAGUGAAUUAAGGAUUAAGACAUAUUCUCAAGAUGAUUCUCUGCAUGGAAUUCAAAGAGGUUUAAAAACAGUAAACGGUGAGACAUCAAGUGCAAAAAUGGCAUAUAGAAGAAGUGUAAGUGCAGACUCUAGUCCAUACAGAACAUACCAUGCACCUUCAGUGGAGAGAAUUAGUGUGUAUGAUAAAUACAUGGAAAAGGAAAGAAAGGAACUUCUUGCCAGAAUGUCUGAAAGGAGAAAGUCCAUGGAAUCAGUGAGUCAUGACUACACUGUACCACAUUAUUCAGACGAAUUCCGUACUUCUACAAGGCGUUCUCCUGGACCUAUCAUUAUAACCAGAACAGCACGACGGAAAACCUUGGAGCGAACCACUAGGAGUUUGGAAAUGUUGGAAACAAGAACGAGGUUUACAGAUAGCUAUGACUUUCCAAGAUCAUAUACCAAAGAUUAUUCAAAAUAUGGUUCGUCUUCAAGACUGAACCUUAGUGAAGGAAUGAUAAGAACUAAAAUACGAGAACAUAUGUCCAACAUAAUAGGUAAGAGUCUAUAUACGGAUGAGGAUGCAAUGUAUAGUUAUGGAUCUGAGAAUCCACUCUAUGCUAAAGAUGGAACGGAAACUGAUAGGGAUAGUACAAUAACAAGUGAUAUUGAUACAAGUAGUGAGCAGAAUGGACUCAAAACUGAUGAAGAAAGUGAAGAUUAUCUAGCUGAUGAAGAAAAUGAUGAAACUAUGAAAAUUACAGAAAUGACUAGUAGAACAGCAUUUGAUGAACCAGCUGUAACUUACAAUAUUAGAUAUGAUUCACCUGCUCCAUCUGAAGCUUAUAUAAGAUAUGGAGAACACAAACAUGGCGAAGUAUGUACAAAAACUAGUCAGUAUGGUAAAAUGUACAAAGAAGUUGAUGAUUCUGUCUCAGAAUUUAGGUUAGAUAAGUAUGGUCCUUCUGCUGAAAUGGAAAGAGGACUUAUUUAUGCACAAGAUACUGUGAUAGCUGAACCAGUUGAUGCUUUGAGGGAGGGAACUUUCGAUAUAACACUGUCUCUAGCAACUGUUAAUUUUGGUGAACUGAGUAGUGUAACAGGUUUAAGAAAACCUGUUGUUGAAGAUAAGACUGCUUGGAAUGUUGACAGAGAUGGACUAGAUUUAAGAAGUGUAACAGUGCCUGAAGAGGAUAUUUUAACACCAACUUUUCAGAUUUCGGAUGUGGUUGUACCCGGCCAGCCAGAAGACAUCACAGCCAAAGAGGCGCUGUUGUUAUGGAGCCGGCGCACCACAGAUGGUUACCCUGGAGUACAAGUUCGAGACUUUGACAAGAGCUGGCAGGACGGCAAAGCUUUCCUCUCCAUUAUUCAUAGAAACAGACCUGACUUGAUAGAUUUUCGCCGGGUUCAGACACAGUCUAAUAGACAGAACCUGGAGUUAGCCUUCUCUACAGCGGAGAGGGAGUUUGGGGUCACACGAUUGCUUGAUCCUGAAGAUGUUGAUGUGCCAAAGCCUGAUGAGAAGUCGAUCAUUACGUAUGUGUCGUCCUUGUACGAUGUGUUCCCUGACGUCCCCUCAGUGGAACAGUCACUCAAGGACAACGAGAGACAGUUGAAGAUCGAUGAAUAUAAAGAGUUAGCCGUCCCCCUGGUCACAUGGUUACAGGAUGUGAUCAUGAUGCUCUCACAGAGAAACUUCCCCACCACCCUCAUUGAAAUGAAGUCAUUACUGUCAGACCUUAAUAGAUUUAAAAUUGAAGACGUUCCCCCUCGACUUGAAAUGCGGAAAAGAGCAUUGAGACUUUUCGACGAUAUUCAGAGUACUGGUGCCUCUCACCUUGGUUCUGAUGAUGAGUUAUACCCCGACAAUAUUAACCGGUUAUGGAAUCGGUUUGAGCACGUCCAACAAGAAAGAGAAAUGGCUGUACAACAGGAAAUUGUUAGAUUGGAGAGAUUACAAAGGUUGGCAGAGAAAUUACACAGAGAAUCAAAAUAUAGUGAAGACAGUCUCAAUGACCUUGAGAGACGCAUUCAAGAUGAAGAACGUCGGGCCGAGACUUUACACCCAUUUGAAGCAAAGCGUAACUGUGAUGCAUUAGAAAGAGCCUUGAAAACAAUAGAAGACAACGUCCAUUCACUGCUGCGUGAUGCACAGGCACUGCAGGAUGGUAGAUACGCAAACUCAGAAAAUAUUUAUAAAAGAGUUUCAGCUUUAAGAUUACGGGUAUCGCAAUUAAGAACAGAACUCUUUAGCAAUGUGAUACAAAAACUCAUUUCCAAGUCGUACGUAGAAGAAGGGAUCACCACAACACGACGUCGUGAAGUCGUCACUGAAGUACGUCUCGUGGAAAAUAACCCAACAUUUAGACAUGUGCAGCAUUGCCUUCAGUGGAUUGAAGCGAAGCAAAAUGCAAUAGACAUGCCAGAUUUUGGCACGGAUGCUCACAGUGCACAGAUGAACUAUAAAGAAUACCAGGAUGAACAUGCCGAAAUUGUCGCUUUUAAAAAGGAAAUUGACAAGUGUAUAAAUGAUAGAAGAAAUUUGUCCCCUGAUGAACAAGAUUUAUACACAGAAUGGCUGUCUAAAGUGGAAGUUGCCUACUCUUUACUAAGUAACAACUCAAGUCGCAGAGUGAAGGGUCUAGAGUCCCUAAUAGAAUUCCUUCAAGCUGCGACGCAGGAGCUGAUCUGGUUGAAUGAGAAAGAGGAGGUUGAAGUAACACGUGACUGGAGCUCUAGUCGAUUGAAUGUCCCCUCAAUCGACGAGUUCUACAAGGGAUAUCCAGUGUUUGGACACAAUUUUGGACAGAAUCUCCUACAUGAGAUGAAGGCCAGAGAAGCCCAGUUCAACUCUGUACAGGACAGGGGUAAUUCCAUGGUCCUGGAUCGGCACCCAGCAGCCAAAACUAUUGAGGCGUAUAUGUCCCAGAUGCAGUCUCAAUGGUCGUGGCUUUUACAGCUGUCCGUAUGUCUCGAUGCUCACGUAAAACAUGCUUCUGCCUAUUAUCAGUUUUUCGAAGAAGCAUCUGAAUGUGAGCAGUGGAUGUCACGGCAGGCUGAUUCUAUAAAUAUCCGCUACAGUGAUGACAGCCAAUCAGUAGAGACCUUGCAGACGCUGCUGCGUGAGUUGCAAGAGUUAUCGGAUGUGAUGUCGGAGUACGAGAGACGAGUGUCGUCGCUCACACUGAGAAGUCGAGAAAUCAUUCCAUUGAAACAAAGAGGGCAGCCUGUGUUCUCUGAACUUAGAUGUAGAUGUCUUUGUAUAUACAAACAACCUCCUAUGGUGCUUAACAAAGGAGAAGAAGUGAUACUUCUAGAUAAUAGCCAGAAAAUUAGAUGGAGGGUACGUACAUUGCGAGGGGAAGAAGAUCUUGUGCCAUCUGUGUGUCUGUUAAUACCUCCACCUAACUACGAGGCUAUUGAAUUUGCUGAUAGAUUAAAAAUACAAUUUGACCACUUACAAAGUUUACUUAGAAUGCGCAAGAGAAAGAUGAGCAAAAAUAUGGUGCUGGGAACCAUCAAUUUGAUACAAGGCUGGGACCUGGCUCAGUUCCAAGCCUUGGACCCAGUGAGACGCGAGGCCCUGAUGCGGGCACUGAACGAGGAUGCAACCAAGUUGAUCGCCGAGGUCGGGGAGGGGGAUAGAGACAUGAGGCAUCUGAGAGACAGAUUAAAUGAAUGCAAUCAACACUUUCAGAACCUCACAGCAGCGGUCAGUGAAGAAGAGCUGAGGAGAAGUAGAGGUCCUGACAAGGACUUUGUACAGAAGCUGGACUCAGUCAGUUACCAGCUGAGUUCCCUGGAACAGGACCUGCAGACUCGGAUCCAGCAGCCACUACCUCAUGACCAGCACAGCAUGGACACGACCAGGAAGCAACAGUCUGAGUGGGAGAGAGCCUUGCAGAACCAGGAGGGUCCAGUAGAGCAGCUUAGAGCCUCGUACCGCCAACUCGGCACCAGUAGUCCACAGGCUGAUGCUAAAGUACACUUUAUUGAUGAGAAGUGGGAACAGAUGAUCACUAUAGGAAAUGUGUAUGCUGAAAGGUUGAAGAUGCUGGACUCGUGCCUGAACAAACUGGACAGUCUUUGUGCCUUUGUAGCUGAUCAGGAGGUGACCUUGGGUUCACAGGAAGGCAUGUCCUCAGAUCCUAGGGCACUCACAGCCCAGAGGGAUGAAUUACAGACAAUUAAAACCUCACUUGAACAAAGACAAUCAACGUUAGCAGCACUGGAUGAAGAUCUGACCUCACUACGAAGUGCUGUUGAGCGUAGUCGACCAGGCACAUCACGACAUCACGAUGUUGAAGACCUCGAGAAGAAGGCCAGUAACUUGACAACCAGAUGGAACAGCGUUAAAGAACAAGUAGAUGAAAGGUUGAAGAGUAUGAAUGAUGGAGUAGACUCACUGACACAGUACACAAAUGGUUUCGCCGAGGAACAACAGUUUGUGGCAGAAACUCAGAACAAGAUCAAUGCCCAGCCACCCGUAUCAAGUGUGGAUGAUGCUAAAAGAUCUGUUCAACCUGCUAUGUCAAUAUACAACUCGCUUGGAGAACAUCAACACCAGAUUGAGGCUGUGAAUCGUCAUGGUGGACAGUACAUUAGGGAAGCAAAGAUCUACGAGAAGAAAUUACAGAAAUACCAGAACAGCUUACAGAGUGUGGAUGCCGGUCUGGCUGAAGGGUUACAUAAGCGACCACGACGAGCCUCUGGGUCAGAAACUGUGAAGACAGAACUCGACAACUUGAAUCGUCAGUACAUUGAUCAAGUGCUCUGGGCUAACAGACAACUGCAAGAGAUCAAAAAUAUUUUCUCUGAAAAUAAUAUUGAUGUGCAGUUCCCGGUGUUAGUUACUGACAAGGUGCCACUUCUAAGAACAUUCAGAGCAGAGCUUACCAAACGUUCAUCUAUGUUAGUCGACGAAGAUAUGCAAGAAUACUUCCAACAACUUGCUGAUUUUGAGGGCUAUGGUGGUCUUCAAGCCAUGGGCAAAACUGGCCAGACAUUUGGUAGCCAAACCACUAUUAGUAUAUCUCGUCCAGAAAGCCAUGUUACACCUACAAGAAAUGUUAACGUCGUUGCGUCAGUUGCCUCGCCUGUGAAAUGGAGAAUGACAUCACCUUCAAUAUCGACGGAAAGGUUAUCGAAUAAAGUGGCUAGCAUUUCAAGUCUCUCGGAAAAUAAUGUUCUGGAAGUAACUCUGCCUGGACAGACAUUAAUAACUGUGCAACAAGGUUGCCUUGCACCUCAAGGAACUUACUUGCAUGUUCCGUCAAUUUUGAAUCCUGAAACUGGGCGUAAAGUUAAUUUAGCAGAAGCCGUUAAAGCAGGUGUGUUCGAUCCCAAACUGGGGACUAUAACUGAUCAUAGGAUCAAUAAGAAAAUGAAUCUAGCACAAGCUACCGCAAAUAAAUAUAUUUCCAAUGAUUUACAAAGACAGUUGACAUCUACUUGUGGCAUUUCUGACCCAUUCUCUGGGCAGGAAUGCACACUUCUUGAAGCUAUGCAAAAGGACUUAUUUGAUCCGUGCAAGAACUCUGUGAAAGACCCAAGUUCUGGGAAAUUCAUUCCAAUUCAAGAAGCUGUUGCACGUGGACUUUUAUCUAAUGUUGAUGCAGAAAAUUUAGUAGGUGAAGGUGUAACAGUGACAUUUAUUACCCAAUCACAAGCUGUGUUCACAAGUGAUGAUCUUGCCUCAACAACAAUGAGGCUGGGUCUUGCAGAUGUUGUUGAAAAUGGAUUAUACAUUCCUCAGUCUGGUAGAAUUCUAGAUCCUACCUCUGGACGUGAGUUAACAGUUCUUGAAGCAGUUGAACAGGGACUUGUUAAUCCUACAAGAAAAGAAAUAAAAGAUGCAAAAUCUGGAAAAUUAUUAUCGCUCUCUGAAGCAGUUUCUAAUGGUGUUAUAGACCCAGAAUCAGGAGCAUACAUUAACAAAUCAAGUGGACAAAAACUUACUCUCGAUGAUGCAUAUCAAAGAAAAUUGAUCAAUAAGCCCACUGUGUUAUCAGCUGCUCUCCGUGAGGGUGCUGUAUUGGAAAAUGGUAAAGUGAUUGACCCACAAACUGGACGCGUUAUCUCCCUGAAAGAAGCGGUAGACAUUGGUGUGAUUGAUUCUGACUCUAAAACUAUUGUUGAUACUAAAGCAGGAGACGUUUUGUCUCUAAAUGAAGCAUUUGAUAAGAGACUUGUCGACCAACAGGGUUACGUCCAUCCUGAUAAAUCGCUGAAAAAAGAAUCUCUUACUGAAUCUGUAGAUAAAGGACAUUUAAAGUUUGUUAAAGAGGACUUGAGUGUAGGUAAACGAUGUGUGAAGGACACACGCAGUGGUACAGUGCUGUCUGUACCUCAAGCAAUCAAACAAGGAAUUAUUACCAGCAAUGGUGACUUUAUUGAUACGUCUUCAGGUAGGAGAAUAUUACUGAAAGCUGCCGCUGGACAAGGAUUUAUAGAUAAAGAUGUUGCCGAUUCUCUUUUGAAAGACAUAUCAAUGAAAGAUGCAAGUGGACGAAAUAUCUCUGUUCUGAAAGCUAUUCAGAUUGGUCUGAUUACACCUGAAAACGCAGAAGUCAGAGACCCCAGAUCGAGAAAGACGUUAAGUUUACAGCAGGCAGCAAAAGAAGGAAUAAUAUCAACCGAUGAUGCCAUUAGCGUUCUAGAACUGCUUAGCCCAGUCAUUGCUCACACUACUGUCACUACACGACUGCAGCCAGGUCAGCAAGAAGCUGGAAUUCGCUCAAUAUCCGUGUCCGAUGCAAUAGCUAGAGGCUUGCUGAAUGAGAAAACUGGUACAUUCCGUGAUCCAAACACAGGUGCUUCAAUGCCUGUACAAAAUGCAAUUGAACAAGGACUGCUGAAACUAACUUCAGAGUGGCCUUCAGACACUCUGAGUCUUGAUGACACUACUGAUGGUAAAUCAACAAAAACAGACGUAGAUAGAUGGAUGCAAGAAAUUCAGACAAACCCAGAAGUGAAUGAACAACUGAGGAGUACUGGACAGGCUACAGUUGAAUCAAAGUUAAUGAAAAAAUUAGGGGAUCAGAACUAUUCGUUUACACAAACAGUAGUAACAAAGCCACAAAUAACUGAAAAUGUUGUGUCUGAAACUAAACAUUUCAAAGUGAAAUCAGUAGUUGAUCCAAGAACAAAGACUGAAAUAGGUGUAAAUGAAGCAAUUCAUAGAGGUCUGUUAGAUAUGACUAAAGGAUUAUUUAUUCAUCCAGUCACUGAUGAGAAAAUGUCAAUAGAAACGGCUUUAUCUAGAGGUUUUGUUCGCGGUAUUGAAACAGCUGAACCAGCUGCUGGCACUGUGAAAGAAGUAAAGUCAUACUCGCUCACUGGAGUUAUACAUCCAAAAACAGGACAGAAAAUCUCAAUAAGUCAAGCUGUGAAAGACGGUGUUCUUAAUCUAGAUAAAGGUCUAUAUAAUGGCGUAGAUAGCAAAGGAAAAAGAGUUUCAAUGAAAAUCAGUGAAGCAGUUGAAAAAGGACUUGUAAUUGCUGGAGAGGAAAGUACAAAGUCGGGACCUGGACAAUUUUUACAUGAAACAAAAACGUAUCAAUUGAAAAGUGUUGUAAACCCUGUUACACGUGAAAGAUUAGAAGUUGCAGAUGCAAUAAAGCAAGGGUUACUUGAUGAACAUAGGGGUAUAUAUACACACCCAAGAACUGGUGAAAGACUAACAAUUCCUGAAGCUAUUGAAAGAAAGUUGAUAGAUGCAGAGUUAAUGUCAGUAGUUUCUAAUGCUGAAGGUGAAGGGAGUAAAAUAAUCACAACUAAAAUGACAACAUUAAUGGUUAAGUUUGUUGUAGAUCCAAGAACCGGUGAAUCUAUCUCUGUAGGUAAAGCACUGGAGGAAGGUAUUCUAGACAGUUCACUGGAAAAAUACACAAAUCCAGUAACUGGUGAAGUUAUUUCGUUGAAUGAAGCAAUAGAUCGUAAGCUUGUGAUUGCCCAACCUGCAGCAAUUGAAGGGUCAAUAUCAAGUUCCACUGAGAGUAUACACAUAGAUGCAGAAGAGGAGAUAGUCCAAUCUAGUUUGACAGAAGAAAUUUCUUCAGAAACUGUGACUUUCAGUAUAGGCAGUGUUAUUGACCCACGUACCAUGGAAAUGAUGUCAUACGAUGAAGCAGUCAAAUACGGUGUUCUUGAUAUCAAUAAGGGAAUGUAUAAAAACCCAAUGACAGGUGAAAGUACACCCAUUAAUGUAGCUCUUGAGAAAGGACUUAUUCAUGGCGAAGUGACAUCUAAAGUUCGCGAGGAUGAUCUAAUGCAUAGCAGUGUUGAUACUGGUGGUUUAUCAUUCCCAUUGAAGAAGAUCACGUCCGUUGUUGAUCAAAGAGACAAUAAUGAAAUUUCUCUUGACAAAGCAGUUAAAGAUGGUAUUAUAGAUAUUGAAAAGGGAACAUAUUUUGAUGUUAAUACCAUUCAGAACAUUCCAUUAGAACUUGCACUUAAAAGAGGUUACAUAAAACUUUCCAAAUCAACAGAUGCAGCUGAUAUUGAAAGAAUGAAAAGGGAAUCGGAACGAAGGGAAUCGGAACGUGAAAGACGUCAUUUGUCCACAGAAAAUGGUUUAGAUCCACAGGUUGAUAUGAAAAUGGAAAAGUUUGGUGUGACAAGUGACAAUAAGGAAGAAAGUGUGUUCGCUGAUGAAGUAUUGAAUUAUAGAACUGACAUAGAAAAUAAUGCUGAUGAAAAGGAUGGCCGAGCACCAAUGGAAUUCCACCAGCAGGAAGGAGUACGUACAUGGAAGCAGAAAGAAAUGGCUGUUGUUGGAAACAUACCCGAACCAGAAAGUCCAAGAUCAGAAUCUCCUAUGGAACUUGAACAAUUUGAAUUGACAGAUGGAAUGUCAUUCCAGUCAGCACUGAAAUUAGGUCUUAUUGAUGUGAAAACAGGAAAAAUUAGAGAUCCUGAGACUGGAAGGUACAUUUCAGUUAAUGAAGCUAUUGAUAAAGACAUUCUUGAUCCAAAUAAACAUGCAAUGGUAGAUAUUCUUACUGGUAAAGAAUUAACUUUGAAGCAGUGUAUGGAUAAAGGUAUUAUUGACCCAAGAACAGGUAAAAUCAAUGAAAAGAAAGCAAAAGCUGAAAAAGUACAUUUAAGACCUGAUAUUGAUGUGAAACAAACAAAAGCAAAACCAAUGAAUUUAUUAGAUUGUGUAGCUUCAGGAUUAUAUGACUCUGAUACUGGUAUGUUCACAGAACCUAAAACGCAAAGAACUUACACACUGAGAGAAGCUGUCAGUCAAAAUAUCAUUGAUGGAAACUUAGUAUCAGUUCUUGAUCAACAGACAGGUGAAAAAUUACCACUAGUUUCUGCAUUACGUCAAGAUCUGAUUGAUGGAGUAACUGCUGAAGUGGUUGUUUCAGAUAAUGAUGACAAAAUAACACUGUUACGAGCAAUACAACAAGGUCUUGUAGAAAACAUGUUUGACAAAGAUUCUGGUACAUUGUAUGAUACAUUAACUGGUAAUGUUGUUAGUUUAGACAAAGCCCUAACUGAAGGACAAAUAAAAUCUGAUGAAGCUAAAGUAUUAGAUACAAAUACAGGUGAAAUGGUAUCACUAGAUACUGCCAUGAGAAAAGGACUUGUUGAUGUUAGAUCUGGGGCUGUAACUGAUAAAGUGACUGGAAAGAAAAUGUCUCCACAAGAGGCAUUGAAACUAGGACUACUGGCAGUUGUAGGUGCACCAGUGCUUGCCAGUAAAGCAGUUUAUGAUGCUAUUAAAGAUAAAACUGAUAAAGUUGAAAGUGAAAAAUCACCACUGAAAUAUAAACAGGAAACUGAAAGUCAGAGAUCUCCUAUCAGAUUGAAGUCAGAAACUGGUAGCCCUAGAUCUCCAUUAAGAAUAAAGUCAGAAACUGACAGCCCUGUGCAGCAAAGUCCACCAAGGCAUGUUAAUGGAGUAACUCCCAUGAAUGGUGACGUGUAUCUUCCACAUACCGAGAACUACCAGGAACAGUUGAUGCAGCCAAAGACGACAAUUGUGUAUGCCAAACCAGGUGACAGGAUACGACCUUCACCUCCACAGCAGUUGUUCACUGAUUCAUCACCCAGUGCUGAGGAGUACCACCCAGCAGACAGAUAUUCAGGGCUUGCUAACAGUGACAUUGUGCCUGGUGAACUACUAACAUCUACCACUACUAUCAAAGAAACAAGGGAGGAGACUCUAAGGUUGCCGUCUGCUGUCAAAGCCAAGGAUCUUAUAAUUGAUUGGUCAGCUGGAAAGGUUGUUAAGACAUCUACAGGUGAGGUUAUGGAUGUGGCAGAAGCAGUCCAGAGGGGCUAUUUAGACUCGGAGACAGUGGAAAAACUAGCAGAAACUGGAAUCCAGGAAAGACCAGAUAUUGAUAUAGAUUGGGAGAGAGGAACCAUUCAAGAUAAAGUCACUAAGGUUAUCAUGACAAUUGAUGAAGCUGUUACACAGAAGUACAUUGACAGAGACACAGCUGAUGUCCUCAAACUCAUAUGUGGUGAAUGGAAGGAAGCAGAAGUAAGCGAUAAACAAGGUGUGAGUACUAUAAUCACAAAACUGACAUCUGAUGUUAGAAAGGAAGACGAAGAAUUGAGAAGUUCCAAAACCGUAACACAGUCCAUAACAGGAUCGCCAGUGAAAGCUAGUACACCUAGAAAAAGAAUACAGUCUUUAAAUGAAUAUAUGAGAUCUGAAACAUUCGAUUCAGCUCACUUCAUAGAAUCAAUAAGAACUGGUUCUUUGAACACUGAUGAAUCUUAUCUAGUGAAUCCACAGAGUGGACAAGUGAUCACACUUACAGAUGCCAUAGAGACAAAUGUUUUUGAUGUUAACACAGGCCAAGUGGUGAAUGUUGAAACAGAAGAAAGAUGCAGCCUUCAAGAAGCUUACACCCAGGGUCUUGUACCACCACCCGGAGAAACUAUUACUCGAACAAUGCAGUCCGGGUUUGUGACAAAUCAUUUCCAGUACCUUGAUGAUCACUCUGACAAACAUAUCCAUACUGCUAUACAAACAAAUCUUAAAACAUCAUUAACUGAGCCUAUGGAAAAGCCAAAGGGUAUGACAUUUAGGGAAGCUGUAGAACGAGGUCUUGUGGAUGAAGGAGCUGGAACAUUUUGUAACCCACUUAAUGGUGAUAUCAUGUCUAUAGCUACAGCAAUUGAAUAUGGCUGGAUAUCUGAAUCAGGAGAAACUGUUAGAAUCGAACCAGAUAGAAAGUAUGAGAAGACAAUAGUGGUUAACCAGAAAGCACCUUCAGAUGAAUUAAAGAGACUGUCAUUUACACAGGCUUUAGAUCAAGGAUUUAUUGAUCUUGGCAAAAGUCAGUAUACAGAACCAACAACUGGGAACAGGAUGUCAAUUCUGGAUGCAAUAAGAGGACAGCUUCUGGAAACAACAACAGAGGAGGAAACAGUUGUUACAGAAAAUAUGACUUUGAAUGCAGCUCUAGAGUCUGGUGCAUUUGAUGAAGAAACUGGUUUGUUUACAGACAAAAAAUCUGGUCAGAAACUUACCUUUGCAGAGGCUAUAGCAAGAGGUUAUAUUGAUGGAAACUCUUCAAUGUAUGAUGUGGAGACAGGUAAAAUGUACAGUUUGAAUGAAGCAAUUGCAAAGGGAAAAAUAGAUGCUGUGACUGGUCAGUAUGUAGAGAACGCCUCAACAAAAACGUCGUUGAAAACUGCAGCUAAGAAAGGUUUUAUUGCAUUGAUUGGUGCACCUUACUUAGCAAUCAAAGCUGCAACUGGUAAGAGAGCUACCCAUGAAGAUUCUGUAGAUAUGAGUACAUUAAAAAAAAAGGGUAAGUCGGAAACAAGUGAAGUAAAGAAUGUACCUGCAGUAAACGAACCAGUUACCAUUGAAGCAACCAAGUUCAGUGUUUUAGGUCCAACAACAUUAGAAGUUACACAGGUUAGAGAGUUGACUUCAGUGACUGCUAAAGAUUCUGAUAUGAUGAAUUUUAUGGAAGCUGUAUCCAGUGGAUACAUGAACCCUGAAACUGGCAUGUUCCAAAAUCCAGAUAAUGGCUUAUAUAUGAACUUGCAGAAAGCUGUACAGGCUGGUCACAUACAUCCAGAUUCAGUAAAAAUACAGACAGAAUCGGGCAAGUUUGUGAAUCUGCAAGAAGCAUUAGAUACAGGGGUAAUAGAUAAUACUGGUCAAUCUUUACAACAUGGUAGGUAUACAAACCUUGAAGAUAUGCUACAAGAUGGAAAACUGCAGGAGACCAUUCCUGAAGUACAUGCGGCAUCAAGUUUAGUGAUGAAAACCACUGACAAGAUCAAUGUUGAUUCUGUGAUGGACCCAAGAAACAACAUUUUAUGUAGUCUUAGUACGGCCCUUGAUACAGGAUUGAUAAAUCCACAUGAUGGUACAUAUACAAACCCCAAAACUGGAGAAGUCUUGAAUAUUUUAGAAGCUGUUAAUUUUGGAUAUAUCCAAGGGCAAGUGAUUGACAGUAUCACAAUGAAAGAAGGGCUCUCUAAAGAAGGAUUUAAUGCAGAGGUGACAUUUUCCGAGAAGAAAAAGGUUAAAGUAGCAGCAGUGCUAGAUACUGAGACUGGAGAUAAACUUUCUCUUCAUGAGGCAAUAAGAAAAGGAAUAAUUGAUGAAUCUGAAGGAAGAUAUAGAGAUGUUAAAACUGGUCAAAGUAUGGCACUACUUGAUGCUAUGGAUCAGCAAUAUGUUACAGCAAGUGAAAUUGAUGCAAAUAUGAUGUCAUCAGAGAACUACCAGAAAACAUCAGAGAACACAUUCACACAAACAAAAUCACUGGACAUUACAACAGUUAUAGACCCGUACUCCAAAGAAGAGAUGUCAAUUCCAACAGCUGUAGAAAAAGGGGUUUUGAAUGUUGAAGCAGGAAUUAUAAGAAAUACAAGAACUGGAACAGAAAUGACAAUUUCUGAUGCCAUUAAGCAAGGUUAUAUCAAAGGUUCUCAGACAUCAAGAAAAAGUGGAAUAUUUUCUGAUACUCUACCGAAGAGAUAUGUGCAUGAGAAAGAGACAUUACAUCUGAAAUCUGUAUAUGAUCAAGACCAAGGAAGAUUUAUACCAGUAAAACAAGCCAUUCAGAAAGGAAUUAUUGAUGAAGCGAUGGGAUUGUAUGUAUUGGAAGAUGGUUCCACCAUGCCUAUUAGCAGAGCAAUUGAUGAGAGACUGAUACAGACUGGUGAUGAUGAAUCACGGGGAGAUGAAUCUAGUUCAAUCCAGGAGAAAAAGUCAUAUAUGAUUCAGACAGUUCUGGAUCCAUCUACUGGUAGAAGAAUAAGUCCUUCACAAGCCAUUGACAAAGGAUUAUUAAAUCUCAAAACAGGGGUAUUUUAUAACCCUUUGACUAGGGAAGAACUCUCAAUUCCCCAAGCAGUAGAUAGAGGAUAUGUGGAAGCUGAUACAACUUCCCGACUUUCACCUUCAGUGCCAGUAUUGAAACCUACAAGCGUUCAAGUCGAGAUGGGGAGAAAAUCUUUCACUGUCAAAUCUGUCUUGGAUCCUAGAACCAGGGAAGAAAUGUCUGUAACAGAAGCUGUGUCACAGGGUGUGCUUGACCAGUCUAUGUGUAAAUACCUGGAUAAAAGGACUGGGCAAACACUUUCAUUGAGAGAUGCUGUACAGAAAGGACUUGUUGUUGUUGAGGAGGCAAAAGAUAUUCCUGUUAAGACUGAUGUGUAUAUGGAAAGUAUAACCGUUAAAUCUAUUAUAGACCCUUUGACUGGCAAGGAGUAUGGAUUAAAGAAAGCUAUAGAAAAAGGUUUAUUUGAUCCAGAUAGAGGUUUAGUGCAUAACAGAUUGUCUGACAAGAUGAUUUCUUUAGAUGAUGCUGUUAAACUUGGACUAGCUAGAGUGGAACAGAGGUCAGGAUUAACAGAUGAGGAAAUAGUUAAAGGAAUCAUAGUUGAAAAGGUAAAAGAUCCAAUGACUGGUCAGGAUCUUAAUGUGAAGGAAGCAAAAAGAAGAGGGAUUCUAGAUUCUGAUUCUGGACAUUAUGUUGAUCACAAAACUCAUACAAAGAUUAGUGUAGAAGAAGCACUUAAAACUGAAUUAAUCAAAGGAAGAAGGACUUCAGACUCGGGGAGCUUCGAAAGGGAAAAGAAAGAUCACAGGCAGAUUGCUGUAUCACAAGUUCUUGACACUAGAACUGGAACUGAGGUCACAGUAGACCAGGCUGUUCGUAGAGGACUCAUUGACAAAGAAUUGACAACUUACACUGAUCCAAGGACUGGCAAGAGCUACCAGUUAGAAGAUGCGAUGAAAGAAGGUCUCGUUUCUGGAACAGUGGCAGUGACCGAAGCAUCAAAAGUAAAAUACAGCUCACCAACCUCCAGUAUAACCUAUGAUAUAACAAGUGUAACCAGUACAGCCACUGGGGAGAAAAUGAGUGUUACUAAAGCAAUGAAAGAAGGUGUUCUUGCUCCAUCCGGUAUGUUUGUUGAUACAAAGAGUGGAAGAGUUAUGCCUGUGUCAGAUGCAAUCAAAGAAGGUCUUGUUGAUACGAAAAUACAAGGAAAUAAAAAGACAAAACAUAAAUAUGAUAAGUUUUAUAAAAUUGUUGCACCAGGAGCAGAACUCCCCGUCAUUACAUUCACUCAGGCAUUGAAGAACAAUUUCAUAAAUGGUGUUGAAGGAACAUUUUCUAAUCCUUUUAAUGGAAAACUUACGUCAGUUGAUGAAGCAAUACUUUCAGAAGUCUUGGUUUCAGACUCUGGAAAACCAUUUAAGUACAAAACUCCCAAGAAAGAUGACACUACCUACACAUUUCAACAUGCUUUCAAAAGUGGACUCAUUGAUCCACAGACUGGUUUGUACUGGGAUGCCAAGAAAGGAAAAUCAUAUGAAGUAGAGGAAGCAUUAAAGAAAGGGUAUCUGUCUCCACUGGGUAAUGCUUCAAUUGAUGAUGAUGGUUCACCCAUAUUGGUCAAAGAAGGGCUUGCCAAACCUUUAUCAGGGCCUCACAUAAUUGAACUUGAACCAGAAGCCUUACCUGUUUGGAAAGAAUCAAGUGUGCCAGCCAAGGUUACUGUAAUUGAAACAAAAUCGCCUUCCCCGACAGAAGAAACAAAGCCAGAUAUGGUUGAUAUAGCAAGUGUAACCAAUACAGCCACUGGGGAGAAAAUGAGUGUUACUAAAGCAAUGAAAGAAGGCGUCCUAGCUCCAUCUGGUAUGUUUGUUGAUACAAAGAGUGGAAGAGUUAUGCCUGUGUCUGAUGCAAUCCAAGAAGGUUUUGUUGAUACAGAAAUACAAGGGGGUAAAAAGAAACAACAUAAAUAUGAUAAGUUUUAUAAAAUUGUUGCACCAGGCACAGAACUACAUGUCAUAACGUUCACUCAAGCACUGAAGAACAAUUUCAUAAAUGGUGUUGAAGGAACAUUUUCAAAUCCUUUUGAUGGCAAACAUAUGUCAGUUGAUGAAGCAGUCCUAUCUGAAGUCUUGGUUUCUGACACUGGUAAACCAUUUAAAUACAAAGCACCAAAGAGGGACAGGGUUACUUACACUUUCCAGCAAGCUUUUAAAAGUGGACUGAUUGAUCCACACACCGGUCUUUUCUGGGAUGUAAAGAAAGGUAAAUCAUAUGAAGUAGAGGAAGCUUUAAAGAAAGGAUACUUGUCUCCACUGUCUAACGCUCCAAUAGAUGAAGGUGGUUCAGUAUUUGUUGUCAAAGGAGGGCUGGUUAAACCUUUAACAACAUCACACAUUGUCAUAGAGCAUGAAUCUGCAGUUUCACCUGUUACAGAGAAGGAAGUAAGUAUGCCAGCAAAGGAAGUUACAACAGAAAGUCCAGCUCUUUCACCAACGAAACAAGCACCAGAUGACAUGGUUGAUACUGUUCAUAUUCAGACUUUCGAGCCGUUAGCAAAUGGUACAGAGCCUAUCUUCCAUCGUGCAUCAAGUCCUGAAAUCAAAAUUGAGUACUCUGUUGAGAAGGGUACAAAAUCAGAUGAAUCUGAAACUUCAGACAUUCCUAUAACUCUGACAGAAGCUAUUACAGCUGGACUGGUAGACAAGACAACAGGACAGUACAUAGAUCCGGGUUCAGGUGAUGUUCUGUCUGUAGAUGAAGCUGUGAUUUGUGGAUUUUUAGAAAUGGAUAGACCAGAAAAGACUUUUGAUGUAAAAGUUGAAGAAAACCUUAAAUCACCUGUAUCAAUUACUGAGGCAUUAACUGAAGGUACUAUUGACACAGAGACUGGAAAAUUUACUUGUCCAACUGGAGACACGAUUUCUCUUCAAAAAGCAAUACAGCUUGGAUAUGUUCAAGCCAAAUUGUCAGAUGAUGAUAAUGAUGAUGCUGAUGAUGAGGAAAGUGAAAUGGAUCUGCAUCCCAUAAAACAGCCAAAGGACCAAUAUGUAACUGUCAAGCCAGGAACACCAUUUUCACCAAAGCGUGAAAAAGUGUUCAGAGAAGGAAAGAUGAUUUCUAAAACUGCUACAGAAGUUGUUGUCUCAGAAGGAUCAACCACAUAUAUUACAAGACCUGGAUUCUUCAUUGACUCCACAGGAAAGGUUGUUAAUACUGUCACAGGUGAACGGAUGUCCAUUCAAGAUGCAAUGCUUUGUGGGAUAGCAGACGUAGAAGCUGUAGAAAGCAGUGGACAAGUGAAAUUGGUUGGCUCUCACUUUGUCCCUCCAAGCUUGGAUGAGGUUGAGGCUGAGUCUGUGAACAAAUCACAGUCUGUCUCCUUGGCAUUAUUAGAUGUCCUUGACCCCCAGUUUUUGAAGGGCAAAAAUCAGUUGCUAGGUGAUGGUUCCUCUGAACUUGGUGAUGGCAAGGUUGUUCUUAAAUCUGUCAAUUCAUUAGAUCAAAGUUUUGAUUCAAGUGAUGAUUCAAAGUCCCUGAAACUAGUUUCAAGUCUUGACACAAGCUUUACCGAUUCCGUUAAUUCCAUUCCAUUCAAAAGUAAAGUUCUCAAAGUAGCACAUGGGUGUGAAAUAAAUCUGGGCAAAUAUAUUUUACCAGGACAUUCAGAUUCCGAUUCUGAUGAUGACAGUAAAAAAGUUGAUUUUACUAAAACAGAGGUUGUGGUGUAUACUGAAAGCUUAGUAGAAGAAUUUUGGGACAGUACUAAAGAAAAAUGGAUUCAUCCCAGAACUGGUAAAAUGCUUCAUAUGCAAGAAGCAAUUGAUUGUGGGAUACUUUGUCCAGAGGUAAUACAGGUCAAACAAGCUAAUGGUCAGACAUUGAAUUUACAGAAGGCUAUCAAUUCUGGGCAAAUAAAUGUUCAUACGGGUAAAACAAUUAAUCUUAAAACAGCUCUCACAUGGUCCUUCCAUGUUGCUAUGGCAAAAGGUCUGAUAAAGAUAAAUGACAAUGAACCCAUGGAAAAAUGUGAUAUGUACACAGAACUUGGACCAGGGUUGGUGACUCUGUUAGCCCGUAAAGAAAUACUGAGAGAUACUAAACUUCUAGAUAAGAGACUUGACCAAUGGAAGGACAUUUCCAAAUCUGUAGAUGCCUUUAUCUUUGAUACUGAAUGGGGAAAAGUUAAAGACAAUAUGACUGGUAAGUGGUUGACAUGGGAAGAAGCGAAAUUAGCAGGUUUAAUUUUGGACCCAAGAAUUGGUGAACAAAGUUCAGUUUCUGAAGAAGACAAUGUUCAGUUGGCAGAAGUGGACAAACAUAUUGUGAACCUGACUGAAGUGAUAGAUGAGAAAGGUACAAAGGAAUAUGGUGGUCAUAUACUUUUCAAUCAAAACCCAUCAAAAGCUACAACUAGCAGGAGACCAUCUGUGGAUCUUGGAGACAAGCCAGUGCCAACAAUAGCUCAAAGAAGAUGUAGUAUUGCUACUGAAACUAAAGCCCAAACAGCCACCUUUCCAAUCAUGCUCGAUGAAGCAAUCAAGCAAAAGCUGUAUAACCCGGUGACCAAUAAACUUCACAAUCCAGCAACUAAUGCUGAUGUUCCUCUAGAAAUAGCUCUUCAGAAAGGACUCAUUAACCCAGAGUCACUGAUAAGAGACCCUGUCAGUAAGGAUAUUCUGUCUCUCCAAGAGGCAAUUGAUAAGAGAAUAAUUGAUUUAGAAUCAGGGAAAAUGAUUGAUGCAAAUGAGCAAGCUAUUGCCUUGAAUUUCGCUUUUAACACUGGCCUGAUUAUGAGAUCGCAGUCCCCUUUGAAACUUUCUAUGUCAGAAAUACUUGAUGAGGGUCUAUUUGAUGAAGAAUUGGGAACAUUUUUAAAUCCAGACUCAAAUAAAGAAAUUACUUUUGGGGAAGCAGUGAGUAGUGGCUUAAUUGAUAAAGAGCUGGUUAGGGUAAGGAAUACCGAAACAGGAAAAGUUGUUAAGUUUGAAGAAGCUUUGGAAAAAGGGUUGAUCUACUUUGAUUCUGGGGUUUGUGUAGAUGCAGCAAACAAAGAGAAAGUUCAGAUACCAGAUAGUAUAGAAAGGGGUGUUCUUAUCGACAUUGCAAAUCAGCCGAAAAUGAGUCUGCAGAAUGCCAUAGAGGAGGAAGUCUUUCAGUUUGCGUCAGGAACAUUUAGAGACAAUGAUUUAGGUAUUGAAGUCUGCUUAGGUGAUGCAAUAGAAAGUGGUUUGCUUGAUUCUGAUUCGGUACUUGUUAGAGAUCCAAAAUCCUUGACUGUUUUGACGGUAGAUGCAGCAGUUUCAGAGGGUAUUAUUGAUCCUGUCACUGGCUGGUAUUCCAAUAAUGGUAUAGAACUUGCAUUUGGAGAUGCAAUUGAAAAAGGGCUGGUUCUUCAUAAUGCCUCCCAUGGAGUGUUACCAUGCAGUGUUCUUGAAGCCAUUCGCUUCAACAUCUAUGACCCAAAAACUAGAACAUUUAUAGAUCCAAAGACUGGUGAUGUCCUAACUUUGGAAAAGGCUGUUGAAACUAAUCUUAUUGAUCCCAGAAGAACAAUGGUCAAAGAUACUUCUACUGGAAGGUUCUUAUCUCUUACCAAUGCUGAAUACUUGGGUUUGGUUGACACUAAAAAGUCUGAAAUAACUAAUUUGAAAGAGAGUGAACAGUAUGAGCUAAAAAUGGCAAAAGAAACUGGACUCCUUAGGCGCUCAGCAAGUGAAGAAUGUCUUUCUUUAAAAACAGCUAUUAAAAAAGGUUUAGUUGAUGAAACUGGUAAAGUCCAAGAUACUUUAUCUAAGAAGAAAUUAAACAUUCCUGAUGCAAUACUUGUACGAAUUAUAGAUCAUACACCAACAUUGGUGAAAGAUGUAAAGAAAGACAGUUUCAUUCCCCUUCUUGAUGCUGUUGAAAAAGGUUUAAUUGAUGCAGAAUCCAGUACAUUUAUUGAUACAGAAACAAACAACGCAAUGUCCUUAAUAGACGCCACUGAUACUGGCUAUAUUAUUGAAAUUCCUGCCUCUGGUUUAACCCUUGCAGAGAUUGUACAGCAUGGGCUAUACAGAGAAGAUAUAGGUCGUUUCUUGGAUGUUAGAACUGGUAAAAUGAUAAACUUACAAGAAGGAAUUGAACAAAAAUUGAUUGAUCCAGGUAGACCUCAGAUUGUUGUUCCUGGUACAGGAUUGUUUACAUUAAAGGAAGCUUUUGAUUUUGGAUAUUUAGAUGAAACUUUGGGAUCUUAUAUAGUUGGUGGUAAAGCAAUAAGCCUCACUGAAGCUGUGGAUCAGUUCUUGGUUGUCACAGUUGGUAGUAAGAGAAGAAAUAAGUCAAUGACUGAUUCAUACUGUGAAGAUAUUGAGGAUGGCAAAACAUGGAAUGAUUUGCUAGUUAAACAUCCCACUGAUAAAACGUUCAUGUCAGUUGAAGAAGCUGUUGAGCAUGGUUAUAUUGACAUACAAACAGAGUCUUUCUGUGAUCCAACUACUGGUAUGAUAAUACCAGUAAAUGAUGCAAUGAAAACUGGAGAAGUUAUUGAUGCAAGAAAUCCUAAAUUUGGCUUAGCAAGUGCAUUUAGUCAUGGAAUAUUUGAUCCCAUCAAUAGUACAGUAUUAGACCCUAGAAACGAUAAAGAAAUAGCAUUGAAUGAUGCCAUAAAAGUUGGCCUGGUAGAUACACAUAGAACAAGAGUUAAAGAUUUAGAAACUGGGAAUUUUGUGUCAUUGAAACAAGCAUUAAAGAAAGGUAUUGUUAGUAACAAGACUGGAUCAUUACUGGAAAAGACACAGAAGAAAUCUUUUCCUGUUGACUAUGCUGUGAAAGAAAAAUUAAUUGUAGAUUUUACUAAGUCAAACUUUACUGUACCAGAGGGUAUAGCAUUUGGUAUGAUAACGCAUGAUGGUUUAAUGGUUGAAGACUUGAACACAGGCAAUUACCUUUCAUUUGAUGAUGCAGUUGACAGAGGUAUAAUUGACAUUCAUAACACAUCUGUAAAACAAACUGAAGAUGAAAGUGAAAUAACUUUAGCAGAAGCUAUUGAAAAGAAAGUAGUAGAUGAAAAUAGUGGUGUUCUGAAAUUAAAAUCUGGAAGAAGAAUGUCACUUGCAGAGGCUGUUUCGAAAAGCUAUAUUCAGGAGAGAAAAGAAGUUGACUUCUUCAUAGGCAGUGAGAGUGAAUUGACAAUGGAGGGAAGCUUGACUGUGCCCUCAGAACCAGGGACAGAAAUGUCGCUAAACAGAGUUUUAAGUGCUCUUUACAAAGUAGACUCAGUAAGCAGUUUUGGUGAAGGUAGGAGCGACUCUCUUAGCAGUCCUAUAAGAUUUGAUGAAGCUCUGAAAUUUGGAUUCCUUGAUCUUGAAUCUGGAGAGUUUACUGAUUAUCUAACAGAUUCUAAAAUGAGUAUUUUAGAAGCUGCAGAAGAAGGCAGGUUGAGUAUUAAGAAAGUUUCAUAUUAUGAUGAAGAAAAUAAGUUGACAGUCCCAUUAAAGUUUGCACUGGAAAAGAAGUUACUAUUCCAGGUAUCUAAAAAUGACCCAAAAGUCAACGGGUUUAAUGGCUUACAGUCCAAGAGAGGAAUUACAUUCCAAGAAGCCUUGAAUAAGGGUUUAUUGAUGAUUCAGACUUCAGUCCAAGAUAAUGUUGACUUUGAUACAUUAAGUGUAAAGAGUGACACUUUUUCAGAGAUGGUUGUGAAGAAUAAACAGUUAGACUGGUUGUCUUCAACCAAAGGUGUUUCCUCAUCCCUUGACUCCUUAAUUCAGAAUGUUAAAGAAGACCAAUCUGGAUUUAGGGUGGGAACUAUAUUUGAUGCUGUUGAAAAGGGGCUGUAUGAUCAAAAGAAGGGGCUUAUAAAGGACAGUUUUACUAAGAAAUCAAUGAAGAUCAAAGAAGCAUUAAAUUCAGGUUUGAUAAAUUCAAAAGCGAAGGAGAUAGUAGAUCCAAGAUCAGAUGAGCAUAUUUCUCUUGAAGAGGCUGUUAACAGGAAUAUAAUAGAUGCUGAAAAUGGAACAUACAGAAACCCAAUUACAAAUACCGAAUUGUCCCUUGAGGCUGCUAAAGAAGCUGGAUAUAUUAUCAAAAGUGAAGACCCAUUGCACUCAAAAAGUUCUGUGGAAAUAUAUGUUGAAGAAAUACUGUCAAAUGAACAGACAAGGGGCAAAAAUAAGUUACAAGAUGCAUUUUCUACAGGUGUCUUGAACAGGUCAAAGUCUCAAGUGAUUGACCCUGACACUGUCAAACCAAUAACAAUCAGGAGAGCUGGAAGUUUAGGUAUGAUUGAUGCAAAAUCUGGUGAAUUUAAAAAUCAUCAAACUGGGGAAUCAUGUUCCUUGGCUGAUGCUGUGCAAAAGGGUUUUAUUCUAAGUCCAAAGGGACUGAGUCUUUAUAGUGCUGUAAAUCAGGGUCUUUAUUUUGAAGAAACAGGGAUGUUCAAAGAUCUUGAAUCAGGAAACGAACUGACUCUUACUGAAAUGAUAAAUAAUGAUAUAAUCACAGAUGCAUGUGUGGAGAUAAGGGAUGUUUCACGUGAAGGUUCUCUUAUUAAGAUGAAAGAGGCAAUUAAGAGGGGUGUAAUUGAUCCUGAAAAGGGAGAGUAUGUGUCUAAGAAUUUGAAACUGAAUUUCAAAGAAGCUAUAUCAGCUGGACUGAUUAUUAGUAACAUUCCAAGAGAGGGACUUCGAGAAAGCAGCAAUAAUGUUCAAACAAUGGUUGGUGCCAAACCAGACCAAAUUUGGAAAGAAAGAAUACCAAACAGGGAAAUGCUCAAAGAAGGUCCAAUGGUGAACUUUUUUGGUAAAGAAGCAAAGAAGACUGAAGAUUCUAAGGUGACUAGCUCAACAUCUAGUAUGGAAACCAAUUCUUCUGGCUAUGAGACAAAUGUUUCUCAGCCACAGAACUGCCAGGAUGAUGAUGUGAAAUUUGCAGUUGAAAUAGAUCAGUUGAAGUCCAAGCAAAUUUAUCUUAAUGUCAAAGAUGAUGUUAAUGAGAAUGAAAAAGAUCAUUUGUCAAAAGUACCUAACAAAAUUGAACUGUUAAAUGUAGAUGAAAGUGGAAAAGUGCUGCCAGCUACACAAAAUAAAGUUGAGGAAAAAGAUAAAUUGAUUGAAAAUUCAGAUAAGAAAGUAAAACCUCCUACUGUAUCCAAAUCAGUUGAAAAUAAAUCAGAUAACAUUAGCAAAGGUGUUGAUGACUCAAACAAAACUGUAAAUGAAAAAAUAGAAGAAUCAGAUAAAAAAAUUAAAACACCAUUGGUAAUAGAAUCAGCGAAAAAUGAACCAAAUAUAACAGAUAAUAAAAGAAAUAUUUCAGAAGAGAAGAAAGAUGCAAAUGAAAUUGAAAAUGUGGAAAAUGAGUUAGAUAAUAACAUGUCAGAUCCAGAGAAAAUAAUAAAAAAUCUCAGAAUAUCACAAGGUUACAAUGGGAGCGUAGAUCAGGGACUUAACUUGCCAUCACCAGUUCAGGGUCUUAAAUCAGUUGUCUCCCCUGUGAGGACAAAGGAGUUCACGUUCCAUGCUGGUCUCCCUCAGUCAGUGAUCGAAGAGCGCCAGGUAUGGUUCUGGAAUGGUCUUGUUGCAAGUCUUUUCUCUGUAGUAUGUGCAUCUUGGAUGUGUUCCAUUACUAAUCAACAUGGUGUUAUAACCACAGUGUUGUCAGUUUUAGAGAUAGAGCUGUAUAGUAAUGAUGAUAGUCCACAUGCAGAUUUUGUGCAUUUUGUGGAGAUUGAAGAUGUAUUAAAUGGCUACAUAUUCUCAAUUGUAGAAUGGUUGCAUGAUGACGUAUUACGAUCACGCUAUACAUCUAGGUGUCCAGUCGAACAACUGGGUACAUCACAGGGAGUUAUCCAGAAAAGGUUACGAGUACAGACUAGAGUCACAGAUCAAAAAGUUUUGCACGUCCACAAAAUGUUGGCUUGGUUAUUAUUAAAAUGUAAUAUUUUAUCAAUACAGGUACAGAAAACAUGUGAAUCUCGUGUUAAACACUUGUCAGCUGCUUCUGAUGAGCUGACCAAGUUUGAGACAGAACUGCACAAAUUCAAUAAAUGGUUGGAGGUGACAGAGAAAGAACUAGAGAGACAAACUGAAGCCGUAGAGGUGUUUGAUAACAUCAGUCGUGUCAAAGAACAACACAAGGACUUACAGUCAGACAUUGUAGCCCACGCUGCUGAUCUCAGAUACCUGUCUUAUCCUGUUAAAAACUACAUGGAGGAAUCGAAGGCCCAUAAGCUGGAACUUGAUGCUUACAAAGCGGACAGACAAAAACCUAGUAGGUUAAGUAGAACAAGUUGGAUAGCUAUGGACAACAAGGAAGUUGAGGUAGUCCUUGAGAAACAGAAAGAAGCUGAUAAACAGUACCACGAUCUCAAAGCUAAGUGCAAUAAAUUCGGGGACAAGUUGUCUCAGUUGGUCAGUAAACAAAAAGCAUUUAAUGAAUCGACUUGGACAAUGUUGUCGUGGUUGACGGACACAGAAGAGAAACUUAGUCAGACAAGACAAGAGGCUUCAGCACCAGAACCAGAGGCCCUAAGAGACCAUCUGGAGAAGAUGAAAGCACUUGGUAAUGAUGCCAUUGCACAUAAGAACCAAAUGGCAGAACUUGAAAAGUGUGGAAAAGAAGUGAUAGGACAGAUGAGAGAAUUGGGAAUUGGAGGUGAACAGGUUGAAAAGAUUCAAGAGAUUAUAAAUGAUAUUUCUGAUCGUCAUGAAAUUGUCUCAGAAGAAGUUAACGAACGUGCCAAUGACUUACAGACUGCAGUCACAAAAUCACAAGGUGUUCAGAAUGCUGUUGAUCAGCUUUUAACUUGGUUGAAAGAGACAGAUCGAAAACUUGAUCAACAGAAACCAGUUAGUCUAAACCAAGACAAGUUGAAUGAACAAGCACAGCAAUUGAGCAUUAUUGAAACUGAUAUAGAAAGUCAUAAACCAAGUGUAGACUCAGUUAAACAAGCAGCUGGUGAGCUUAUUAAAACAUGUGAUUUGGAUAUGGCUAAAACUCUUGAAGGAAAGAUUAGUGAUAUUGGUGCCAAAUUUCUCGAUGUACAGAAAAAAUGUAGAGCUACUUCAAGAGAAGCAAAGGAUGUUGCUGAAAAAUUGGAUAAAUUUAAUGAUAAUUUGGAUCUACUUAAGACAUGGGUUCAAGUCAAUGCUGAUAGUUUGGAGUCAUCCGAGUGGAACAAGAGGCCUAUUGAUCAACUGAAACUGAAGGUUGACGGAGUUAAAAUGGAAAAAGAGCGACAGUUGCAAGCAUUAGAACAGCUGCAAUCUCUCGGACAUGAACUUAUUGAAGAUCCUAGAACAGGUGAUACAACAGCCAUUAAAAUGGCAUUGGCUAAUAUUGAUGCUGGUUGGUCUAGGUUCGAGGAAUGUGUAGCCGAACGUGACUCUGAAGCAAGUUUGAAAGAAAGCAAAGAAAGUGAUUAUGAGAGGAUUAAACAGGAAGUUGUUCAGUGGUUGACUGGUAUGGAAACUGAUAUUGAUUCAUUUGAACCAGUCGCUGUUGACAUGGACGUGGUUGCUAAACAAAUAGAAGAAUUACAGCCCAUGAUUCAGGAAUAUUACGAGUUCUCACCAAAAAUGGACGAGCUGAAUGAAAUCGGUCAAGUUUAUGAUGCGAUACAGUCGGGAGACACCAGACCCAAAAGCCCCAUGAGAUUCAGAAGCAGACGUAUCAGUAAUAUGCUAUCACCACGGUUACGAAGCCCUUCACCAACAAUGGGACAGUUCUCAUUCACCAAUGAUAUUACGAGCCCGAUGUCGGCAUCAAGUGAUUCUAGUGGUGUUGGGAGUAGAAAAAGCAGCUCUGAUUUCCUACAUCUAGACGCAGACCUGUCUGAGACACAGCAAGAUCUGGUAGAUAUGAACCAGAGGUACGAGAUGCUUGAAGAACGUCUGCUAGAUCGCCAACAGGAACUCCAAGGCAUGCUGGGAAGUGUGAAGUCUUUCUUACAAGACUUGGCAGACAUUCUAAGUUGGUUAGAUGUUAAAGAGAGGGAUCUGGACGGCUCUGUCGCCGUGGCAACCAGUGAGAAAGAAGCCAAAAGGAGACUUAAAGAACAUGAGAGAGGCCAUGCUGAAGUGCUGAGCAAGGAGACGCUGGUUGAUGACAUCAGAAAGAAGGGUCAGGAAUUGAUGAAACGUAAACGUGGUGUUCCUGGUACAGAUUUGGUCCAACAGCAACUCACAGAACUUGAUGAGAAAUGGUUGGGUGUCAAGGUAUCUUCAGAGCAGCAAAGAAAGCUGCUAGAGGAUAUUGUUGCAGACCUGAAGACAUACAAAGACGCUGGUGUACAUCUACAGAAAUGGAUUGCACAGAAGGAAAAGAUGGUUGCCGUUCUAGGCCCCGUAGCCACAGAACCUUCCAUGAUCAAAAACCAACUCGAACAAGUCAAGGUGUUACAAGAAGAACUUCGAGGCCAGGAACCAUUGUAUGACAAAUUCAUCCAAUCAGGGAACGCUGUCCAUGACAAAUGUAUCCCAGAAUCCAAGGAUGCAGCUCACAUCACUGAGAAAAUGACAGCCAUCAGCAAAAUGUGGGAGAGAUUGAGCGACAAGCUGAGUGAGCGUGAGAAGAGCUUGAACUCUGUGGAGGGGCUCAGUCAGGAGUUCAGUGACACACUGCAGGAACUGAGCAGCUGGAUGUCGGACUACAUGACCACCCUGGAUAACCUUUCGCCCGUCACAACCACUCCCGAGAAACAUCAGGAGCAUUUAAGAGAAAUUAAGGAACUCGAAGUAGAAAGGAAGAGGCAGAUACCUUUGCUGGAGAAGACCAAAGAGCUGGCAAAGAAACUAAGCGAUAAUACCAAAGAUGCUAAUACCAAAUUUGAAAUAAAAAACAAAAUUUCAAGCAUUGAAAAACCAAUGGCUGAGGCAGAGAAAAAACUGCAGAUGAGGAGUAAUGAGGUGUCAAAGAUGAAUGAGCAAGGCGACAAGUUCCGAGGCUCAUGCCAGGACCUCAUGGCUCUCUUGGAUGAUCUGAAGGAGAAACAAGCCAGUAUGGAGCCACUGUCUGGGGAUAUGAAUAUCCUAAAGAAACAAGCACAACAGAAUAAGGACUUCCUGAGAGACCUCAAUAAUCUUGCACCGGAAAUUAAAGAUGUGGUUGACAGAGCCAAGCAGUUUGGAACAAGCUCCUCCCCUGCUAUGAAAUCAUUGGUCGAUACUGUGAAAACCAUUCAAGCAGAGUGGGAGGGGCUUAGAGAUGCGGCCAAUGACAGGGAAGAACAGCUGGAAGCAAGCAACAAGCAUGCUCAGAACUUCCAAGCUCAGCUUGACAAGAUGCAGCUAUGGUUGCAGCUUACAGAAGAUAAAAUGGAAGGUUUGACACCAGAUGCGAUGAAUCAAGAUAGUGUAGCUAAAAAACUUAAAGAGGCACAAGCUUUACGUGGCGAUGCGUUGAAGUUUUCGUAUGAUCAGGAACUGUUGAACCGUGAAGGUCAGUCUUUAAUGGACUCUGUGGACAGCGACAAAGGACUUGUUAAAGUUCGGCUGGAAGAUCUGAACCAAAGAUGGGACAAUCUCAAUGAAGGGCUUGGAGAAAAGAUCCAGAGUCUUGAAGAUCUGAGUGGUAAAUUGACAGACUUUGAUGAGUGCACGAGGGACUUGAAUGCCACACUGAAAAAGCUUGAAGACAAACUCGAAUCUCAUAACAGACUUGGCUCCUCAGCUAAAGAUCCCAAACAUCAAGAUAAAAUCAGAAGCCUGCAAGAUGAUGUUCAAGGAUUGAACUCUCAGCUAGAUUAUGUGGACGGGAUCCUGCAGGGUAUGGAUGAUGGCGAAAGUGGCUUGCCUGCAGGCAAGGUCCGAGAGGUUCAGAAUGCGAAACAGAAACAAGCGGAGCUCGAACACCAGCUACAGGAACUGAUAAGGGACAUGGAAGCCGGGACACAAAUAGUUGACCAGUUCCAGGGUUCAGUGAAGACAGCUGGAUCGCAUGUAUCACAACUUGAAUCUGAACUAAUGAAUAUGAGUCCAGUCUCCCGUGACGAGUCCACUCUGAAGAUGCAGGAGAGACAAAUUGAGGACUUUAUUUCCCGUGUAAAUGACAUUGACAACAUGCUAGAAGAUCUAGAAAGUCAGUAUGAGACUUUGAAAGCAGACGGCUAUGUCACUGCAUCAGAUGGUCUCAAAGCUCAGUUGGAUAUGUUAAGAAACCAACAAGAGCACUUAAGAGAGGUAUCAGAUGAAAGGAAAGCCGAGAUCCAGACUGUGUCCAAUGCGCUAGAGGCCGUAACAGAUAAUCUGAGACGUAUGAGAACCAGUAUCGACCGAGCAGCAGACGAGCUCGAGAUGCACGAACCUAUCGGCAGUGACGUAAACGCUAUCAAACGUCUACAGGAUGAACUCAAGCAAUUUCAACACGGUGUACUUGAUAACCUGUCCCGACGUGUCCAGGGUGUAACCAUGGAAGCGCAACAGCUUAUCCAAGGCGCGGCACCAGGCGUGGAUACCUCCACCGUGGAGACGGACCAGGAGAGUCUCAUGGAUAAAUGGAAUAGCCUCAAUGCUAAGGUGUCUGAAAGAGAUCGUAACCUUGACAGUGCCAUUCUGCAGUCAGGAAAGUUUAAUGAUGCAUUGAAGAACCUCAUUGAUUGGAUGAAAGAAACUGAAGAUCUUGUAGCCAAUCAGAAGUCACCGUCACCUGAUUAUAAAGUUGCCAAAGCUCAGCUUCAGGAACAGAAAUUCUUGCUGAAGAUGUUAGAUGAUAGAGCACCAAGUGUGAAAUCAGUGAAAGACUCUGGAGAGAACUUGCAGAAAACCCUUGAAUCCAGAGAGCGUAAGGCCAUUCAGAGUCAGAUUGGCCAGCUUGACAAACGUUGGGAUGAACUCAAUUACCAGGCAGGUCAGAGGUCAAAAGUUCUCGAGGAUAUUAUCGGCAUUGCUCACGAGUUCCAAGAAUUGCGGGAACCAUUGAUUGGCUGGUUAGACUUGGCUGAGAAGAAGUUUGCAAGCCUGGAACCAACUGCUAUGGACACCAGUGGUAUAGAGAAUAUAAUCAAGAGUCUAGAAGAUAUGGAACAGGAAGUCAAGCAGAAGGAUGAUCUCAUCAAGAAGCUUGCAGCUGUUGGCAAGGAACUCCAAAAUCACUGUAAAGGUGAUGAUGUGAAGAAUGUUCAGAGAAAAAUUGAUGAUAUACAAUCAAGAUUUGCAGAACUUAGUGACAAAUUGUCUGACACCUUGGAACAGAUGGAAGAAGCACUCCCAUUGGCUAAAAAUUUCAAUGAUGCCCAUGCCAAGUUCAUUGAUUGGCUGGUGAAAAUGGAACCCAAAACGAGGCAUAAAGAUGCAAAUGAGCCAGAGGAACAAGUGAUGCAACUCCUUGAAGAGGUCAAGGCCAUUGAGCCCAUUUUGGAAGUCAUGAACAGUGAUGGGAACCAGCUUGCUGAGCUUGCACCAGGUGAUGCUGGGUUCAAGGUGGAGGACACACUAGCAAAGGACCUGAAAAGGUUUGAGGCUGUAAAUGAGGCUAUACAGAACAAAGCUGAUAAAUACAGGGCUUCAAAACUGAAAAAUGCCGAGGUUAUGUGUACUGUAGAAGAUCUACAGGAGUGGUUUGAGGAAGAGGAGAGAGCACUGGUUGCUUGUGAACCAAUUAGCUGUACGCCAGCUAAACUCCAGAAACAGCUGGCUGAUCAGAAGGCCAUGAAUGAUGACAUAAAUGCCCAGAAGAUGAAAGCCCGAGACACCAUCGCUGCAGGAAAACGCUUAAUUCGUGAAGGUUCAAUGGACGACGAUGGAUCGUUCAACAACAAAAUGGAAGCGCUGAAGCAGAAGAGUGACGCUGUCGCCAAACUUGGCAGUGAUCGCCUGGUACAGCUGGAACAAGCCAUGCCGUUGUCAAGGACUUUUGUCGAGACACACCAGGAUCUACUGAAAUGGUUCCAGGAAGUUGAACCUGCCAUUGCCGAGUUAGAGGUCAUGUCCAUUAACCAGGACACUGUCAAGAAACAGCAAGACAGAGUUAAGGUCUUAAAACAAGAACUCCAGGACAACAAACCGCUUGUUGACAAAUUGAACAAAACUGGCCUGGCUCUGACCAAACUGUCCCUGAAACCAGAUGAUGUCGAACUUGUCCAGACAACCAUGGAUGAAGAUAACAAGAGGGUUGAGGAGAUCCGUCGUGCUGUUAGGGAACGAUCAAUGUCUAUCGAUGAGGCCCUUCAACAGUCUGCAGAGUUCACUGAUAAACUGGAGAACAUGCUGGAAACAUUGACAACCACAGAGGAGAUGGUAACCAAUGCCCAACCAGUUUCCGCCCACCCUGAUAAAAUUCGUGAACAAAUGGCUGAUAAUAGUACCUUGAUAGAGGACAUGCAGAUGAGAUUAUCUGCCCUUGAAUCCGUACAGAACGCAGCAGAAGAACUGAUCAAGCAGGCGUCAGACUCGCAGGACGAUGCUGUCAGAGAUGUGAAAUCAAAGCUGCUUGACCUCGUCAACUUGUACGAGAAAAUCAAUGAUGGAGCAAACACCCGCAGUCUUCAGCUAGAAGAUACACUGGAGGUUGCCGACAAGUUCUGGGACGAUCUCAAUUCCCUGCAGCGCACGCUGAAAGACCUUUCUGACACACUGGCCAAUCAGGAACCACCUGCACUUGAGCCGUCAAUCAUUCGAGAACAGCAAGAUACUCUUGAGGCCCUCCGUGAUGAUAUUGAGGCCAGCCAGUUUGACCUUGACGAGGUACAUGAAACCGGGGAACAGCUGUUGAAACUGUGUGGGGAACCAGACAGGCCAGAAGUGCAGAAACACAUUGAUGACCUCGACAACAAUCUGCUCUCCAUUACUGGAGAGUUUGACAAAAGGUCAAGGACGCUGGAGGAAGCCUUGGAAAAAUCUAUGCACUUCCAGGAUGAACUAAUGAAAAGUCUUGUAUGGCUGCAGAAACGCGAGGACAGGUUGAAAGACCUGACUCCAGUCGCAGGAGAUUUCAACACCAUCAAAGACCAGUGGAAUGAAGUCAAGGCUUUUAAACUUGAGAUUGAUCCAAAGCAUGCCGAUAUCGAGUCCCUGAACCAGAAGGCAAAGGAGCUGGUGAAGGACGCGAGCCCAGACCAGUCGGUGUUUGUGAAAGAACCAGUAUCAGCUGUCAACAAACGAUGGGAUGGUCUUCUGUCCGGAAUCAGUGACAGGCAACGUGAUCUGCAGUUAGCCAUGUUGAAUGCAGGCCAGAUUGACCAUGCAACAACAGAGUUGCUGGCCUGGAUGGACAAAACAGAACAGACACUUGACGAGAGUAAACCAGUCUAUGGUGACAGAAAGCUUGUGGAAAUAGAACUUGCUAAACAUAAGGUUCUUCAAAAUGAUAUCGGUGCCCAUGAACAAAGUGUUCAGUCUGUGAAAGAGGCUUGUCUGAAGUCAUUGGGUGCAGAUAGGUCAUCGACAGGCAGACGUAGACUGGAAGACCUCAACCGACUUUGGGACACGGUACAGGAGAAAAGUCACAGCCGACAGCAAGAACUGGAGGAGGCCCUUAGAGAGGCAAAAGACUUUUCUGAAGAAAUGGAAAAGGUAUUGGUGCGCCUUGGUCAGAUCGAGGGUAUGUUGAUCACCUCCCGCCCAGUAGGUGGUCUUCCUGAAACAGCAAGGGAACAACUUGAAAGAUUCCUGCAUGUUCGAGAAGGGUCCGAUCAGGACAUAACGAAACUGUCUCAGGAAUACCUGCGAGUAGGUCGCCCUAUCUCUUAUAGUGCAUCAUGGGUAAACUGGCUGGAAGUUCAUAAUGAGCUUCAGGACAUGGAACCAGUCAUAUCGAGGCUCCAGUCUGAUGGUUCCCAGCUCAUGCGCAAGAGCCAGGAUCCAGCCUCAUCAAAUAUCAAGCAGAACAUGCAGUUGCUGCAGCAGACGUGGGAACAUGUGAAAACAAGAUCAGCUGAUAGAAAGGGAAAACUUGAACAAGCAGUAAGCCAGGCCAACAACUUCCACGCUGAUCUGAACACGUUUAUCGCGUGGAUAACGGACACGGAAAAGAUACUGAACAGUAUGAAGCCGGUGAGCAGGGUGAUUGCUCACGUCUCUGAACAAAUUAAAGAUCAAAAGGCUUUACAAAAAGAUAUAGCUGUCCAUCGCGAGUCUAUGAUCAAACUUGACAAGACUGGAACGCAUCUCAAGUACUUCAGUCAGAAACAGGAUGUUGUUCUCAUCAAGAACCUCUUGUCUAGCGUGCAACAACGCUGGGAAAAGAUUGUGUCUCGCAGUGCGGAGAGGACACGUUUUCUUGAGAGGGGAUACAAAGAGGCUGAACAGUUCAAUGAGAUGUUGAAGGACCUAAUGGGUUGGCUAAAUGAGUCAGAGCAGCACUUGAAUAUGGAUCACUCUGUAGGCAAUGACCCUGUCAAGAUCAAAGCACAGAUUGCCAAGCAUAAGGAGUUCCAGAAGAGCUUAGGUGCUAAGCAGCCUGUCUAUGACAACGUGAAUCGUGCUGGCCGCACUCUGAAGGAAAGAUCCCCCGAAGAGGAUAUACCCAUUCUUAACGAGAUGUUACACCAGCUUAAACAGAAGUGGAACGCCAUCUGUGGAAAAUCUGUUGACAGACAAAGGAAACUGGAAGAAGCCCUCCUAUUCUCUGGUCAGUUUAACGAUGCUCUACAGGCACUGUUAGAUUGGUUAGCGAAAGUUGAACCAGGACUUGGUGAGGACCAGAUGGUCCACGGUGACAUUGACACAGUCAACAACCUCGUAGAGGAACACAAGGCAUUCCAGCAAGAGUUAGGAGCUAGAGCCAACAAUGUGUCCUUUGUUCGUAAACGAGCUCGUGAGCUCUUGGAGAAAUCAGAAGAGGACACAUCACAGCAACAAGCUCAGCUCAUAGAGCUCACAACAAUGUGGGACCGUGUUUGUAAGCUCAGCGUGAACAAACAAGAAAGACUCGAACAAGCUCAGAAACUGGCUGAAGAUUUCCACAAGAAGGCGCAAGGUUUAAUUGCCUGGCUAGCUACAGCCGAGCGCCAGCUCAGAUAUAAAGGUCCGCUUCCGGAUGAGGAAAGCGAGGUUAUCAAACAGAUCGAGGAACACAAGACGUUCGAGGAGGAGUUUCUACGCCAGGAGGGUAUACUGCGGGAAACCCUGAAUAUCGGACAGGACAUCAUGAAAAGAUGCCAUCCUGAUGCUGUAUCUACUCUCAAACAUUGGCUGUCCGUGCUGAAGGCAAGAUGGGAAGAGGUGAGCAACUGGAGUCGGCAGAGAGGUAACAGAUUACGAGACGGUUUGGCCACACAGAGGAAGAACAAUCAGUUAUUGGAGGAGUUGAUAGCUUGGUUGAACGGGGCGGAGAACAAACUGUUCAAUGACAAUGCUGAACCUAUACCUGACGAUGUAGACAUUAUAACAGAACUUAUGCGAGAACAUGCGGACUUCCAGAAUGAGAUGUCGAGUAAGCAGCCGGAGAUUGAUCAGGUUACCAAGGGCGACCGUCGCCAGAGGACUGGAUCUAUCGCUGGUGAACCAGUGUCUCACAUUCCUAUGUACAAAGGGCUGUCUGGCAGACGAACACCUACACCUGUCAAAUAUGGCACACCAAGACGUGGCCGUGAUGAUGAUGGUAGACGCACACCAGAAACCUAUUUCAAGAAUCCACGUGUCGGAGCAUUGUACAAUAAAUGGCGUCAGGUGUGGCUGUCAUCUAUGGAGAGACAGAGAAGACUGCAGGAGGCUCUUGACUACCUCAAAGAGUUGGAGAGAAUGAAGAACUUCAAGUUUGAUGAUUGGAGAAAACGUUACCUUACCUGGAUGCACCAUAAUAAAUCUCGUAUCAUGGACUUUUUCCGGCGGCAAGAUCGCGACCGUGAUGGAAAGGUCACAAGGGCCGAGUUCAUUGAAGGAAUUAUGAUGUCCAGGUUCCAGACAACACCUAUGGAAAUGGAAGCCGUUGCAAACAUAUUUGAUCGUGACGGUGAUGGUUACAUAGAUUAUAACGAAUUCGUCUCGGCACUUCGACCCAACAGAGACCCUGAGCCGGUCAAUGAUGCAGAACUUAUUCAGGACGAGGUGAAACGACAAGUGCACAAGUGUACGUGCGUCAAGCAGUACAGAAUACAUAAGAUCGGAGAAGGAAAAUACAGGUUUGGAGAUUCACAGAAGUUGCGACUUGUUCGUAUUCUACGUAGUACAGUGAUGGUACGUGUUGGUGGAGGUUGGAUGGCACUUGAUGAGUUCCUGGUGAAGAAUGAUCCUUGCCGAGCCAAGGGGCGCACAAAUACAGAACUACGGGAGCAGUUCACUUUGGCAAAGGGUGUGAGUCAGUCGAUGGCAGGGUUCACGUCCAAGUCACCCAGUGGUAGUUCAUACUCUGGAAGCUCUACGUACUCCGGCGCAACAUCACCGUGGAGUGCGCGCUCACCUAGCAAUGCAAGUGGACCUGUGAUUAAGAGGAGAAAGUCGAGACCACAGUGUCUGGCUCCCCACCCUAAAACAUACUGGGUAAGAGAAAAGACAUCAUACAGUACUCCAUGGCGGCAAAAUAUGGCGAGGUCAGGACCGGACAGCGAGGUACGCAAUAUCCUGUCUGGAUCUACUCCGGACAGCAAGCGGUUUGGAAGCGGUAGACACAGGGAGGCUUUGUUUAGUCCAAGACACUUACAGAGUCCUGCCACACCUGUAAGUCGAAGUUCAAGUCGCGCCAGUACUGGAAGUCGUCCAUUUAGUCCAACCGGAAGUGAAACCUCCGAGGUUAGUGAACCGGAAGUGUUCACCACAGUUCAGAGCGAAACACGAAACGUAGGUGGGAGAAAUGAAACUACACGCACAUACCAAACUCAUGUUGUUCAGACUAGAAACGUUAACACUCCUACACGAGCAAGCACAAGUACGCCAACACGAACAUCAAAAAUACCGAAAUUGACUCCUAAAAAGCGGUGAAAGAAAUUGUGAAAUAUUCGAGCCCAUGUCUUUCAUGUUGAAUUCUUUUGUUGGACGUUGCUUUUGGAUUAUAAGUUGCAAUGUUGUUCUUAUGCACUUAAAAGGCAUUUAUAUUAUUAUUCAAAGACACAACAAGAAAGUGAGGGGGACAAAAACAGACUUCAUUGCGGCAAGGAAAAAGAAUCAUUUUUAUCGUAGUUUGCCGUUUAAAAUGGUUUAAUAGAAUUUUGUAUUUGUAUAAGGUUAAUGUUUAGUUCAGUCAUAUCAUAAUUUAAUAAAAUACUUUCAUUUACAUUCAUAGAAUUUUAAUGUACAUGAAACUAACAUAAACAAGCGUAUCAUAAACAUUCCCUGUGAAAAGAAAUACAAGACAAUGGUUAAUUUUUAAUAAGCGCUUUCUCUAGCAAUAACCCUUAUGCUUUAAUCUAUAAAAAAGUAUUUCUGAGGGACCAAAGUAUCUGCUUAGUGGCUGCUUUUUUCAUUAAAAGGCUUUAAGAGUUGUAGCAAAAAAAGACAAGACAGAAAAUAACUUACAUAAUAUUAUGUUUGUUGUAUGUAUACACCGUUAACAAACUGUUUUGUUGUAAUAUUUAAUGUUUGGUGCUUUCAUAAGCUACUUGAGAGUCCCAUAAUGUUGUAAGUUUUUCAUUCUAGAAAUCAGUUUAUUUUUCUAAUUUUAAAUGAAAAUAAAGGGAGGUAAUAAAAAAAACACAAACUGAUGUAAAAGUCUGUGCAUAUCUUGAUAAAACUUUUAGAGAAUUAGCUUUGAUAUAACUGAAGUAUAGAAAAGAAGACUAUUCUACGUUGUUUUUUUUUUCUCAUUUCUUGUCAUUUAAUUAAGAAAGAGAGAAAAUUGAAAAAAAAAAUGCAUUAUGGGACUUUAAAGAUAAGGAUUAUACUAUGCAUUGCUCAGUACAUGUGAAUAUUAUUUUUGUUGCUUUCAUUCCCAGUUAUUUGUUGUUUCAUUAAUUUUGUUUUUGUAUUUUGCUCUCGGCACCCUUGUUUUGAGACUUUGAAUAUGCUAUGUGUAAAUUGAUAAAAAGAUGUGUUAGACAUAUUGGAUACUUGUGUUGAAUUUAAGAAUGAGUUAGCCUAUUCUGGACAGUCAGAGGAACAAAUUCUUUUUUUGUGUGUGGACUUUGCAUUUAUUUGGAGUGGGUUUUAGUGGGGACAAAAACCCAAAUUUAAAUAUUUGCAAAAGUUCCCAUGGAAAAUUUGUGACCUGUUAUGAAAAAGUACCUGAAAUGUUUAGAAAUGCAUGAUUUUGUUUCAAUUUUGGGGACACUUUGAACAAUUUAAUGCAUUUUUAACAUUAUUAAAUGUAAAAUAAUAAAGAAAUAUUGGGACAAAAUGUUUAUUAUUCUUUCAUUUAAAAAAGUUGCAAAUGAUAGGUUUUUUUUGUUGUUGUUUUUUCAAGGAUGAAUGAUGAUGAUUAAAGUGAUAAAAUAAGUGUUGGUUUAAUAAAUGGUCUGUAAAUCAAGUUUAAUUAAGGUUGUGUUGAUUGUUUCGAUGUUACCAUGGCAACUCGUCCAUGGAAACAUGUUUUGUUGUUACCAUGGCAACUGGUCUGUGGAAAACGUUAUUUUGUUGUUACCAUGGCAACUGGACUAUGUAAACCACAGAAUUUUCACGUAACUUAUUUAUACACUUAAAUAAUAGUUAUAUUGAGACUGUAUUUUUGUAUAUCACGGGUUGGCAGACGUAAAUAUUAGUUAAUUUGUACAAGCUAUUCGUACAUACAUACCCUUGCAAAGAAGCAGUGAUAUUUAUUAUGAUAUAGAAUUGAAUAGAACUGUACAUGGGAAAAGUUGUUAAUAUUCUCUAUCUACACUAUUUAUAUGGUCAAUAUAGUUAUUAUGAAAAUGUUCUUUGAUUGCAUGCUGUUAAAUUGUAGCAGUUUUACGUAAUUGUCUCCCUUUUUUGUGUUUUUUUUGAGUCGCUUAGUUUAUCUUUCACAAAAGUCUAUUAUUUAUACUCAAGAGGAGAAAAAUAUGAAAAUUUUGAUGGAAUUUGUUCAUUUUUUUUUUACACAAAGAAUAUGUCACACAACUUCCAUGUGAUAAAUGCUUGAGUCUGUACACAUGAUAUGCUUGAAAUGUAAACGCAAGAGUGUAAACAUUUAUGACCAUAUAAAGAAUCUCAAAACAAAA